AUGCGGCGCUACCUGCGCCUCGUAGUGCUGUGUCUGGCCUGCGGCUUCUGCUCGCUCCUUUACGCCUUCAGCCAGCUCGCCGUGUCCGUGGAGGAAGGAGCGGGCGGCGGUGGAGCUUAUCUGCAUACCCUGGUAAAGCUGCUUUCUACUGUGGCCUUUGGUGUCACAUUCUUGCCUGCCACCAGGUAUAGCAUGAAAACACAGCCUGUGGAGAAGAUGCACCUUGCCGUUGUGGCCUGCGGAGAAAGACUGGAAGAAACUAUGACCAUGUUGAAGUCAGCUAUAAUUUUCAGUAUCAAACCUCUACAGUUCCACAUUUUCGCUGAAGAUCAACUACAUGAUAGCUUUAAAGAGAGAUUAAUCCUGAAAGAAGUUGACUCCCUAUUGUAUGUUGACACUGAUAUCCUCUUUUUACGACCUGUUGAUGAUAUUUGGUCUUUACUGAAGAAAUUUAAUUCCACACAAAUUGCUGCAAUGGCACCAGAACAUGAGGAGCCUCGAAUAGGAUGGUACAAUCGCUUUGCUAGACACCCAUACUAUGGGAAAACUGGAGUGAACUCUGGGGUCAUGUUGAUGAACAUGACUCGAAUGAGAAGGAAGUAUUUCAAGAAUGAUAUGACAACUGUACGGCUCCAAUGGGGAGACAUACUUAUGCCACUGCUUAAAAAAUACAAGCUAAACAUCACCUGGGGUGAUCAAGACCUAUUGAAUAUCAUGUUUUUUCAUAAUCCAGAAAGCCUUUUUGUUUUUCCGUGUCACUGGAAUUAUCGACCGGAUCACUGUAUAUAUGGGAGCAAUUGUCUGGAAGCCGAGGAAGGAGGAAUCUCCAUUCUUCAUGGGAACAGGGGCGUCUACCAUGAUGAGAAGCAGCCAGCGUUCAGAGCUGUUUAUGAAGCCCUAAGAAAUUGUUCCUUUGAAGAUGAUGAUGUUCGUUCCUUAUUAGAGCCUUUAGAACUGGAACUACAGAAGACAGUGCAUACAUACUGUGGGAAAAUUUACAGAGUGUUUAUCAAACAACUAGCGAAGAGCAUAAGAGAACGCUAUGACAGACCUGGAGAGGAAAGGUGACUCUGGUGGCUGCUAAAUUCAGUGGCUAAAACAGUGAAGUGUCAGAGGACAAAUGGGAAGGAGUAUUCUUGGAUGAAGUAUUUAGCAUGAGAUUGUUUAUCUUCUGAGUAACCUUACUUUCCUGAAGAAGUUAACAGAGCAGUCUAUUCAUGUAAUGAAGAAUAAGUUAAAAUCUGGGUCUCCAACCAGAAGACAUUUGAUCUCUGAUAUUUGUAGCAUGACUUCCUGUCAUUCCAGUGUUGAAAACAUUGAGUGGUUGUAGCCUGUAGCUGUGUGGGCUCCUACUCUUGAGUGAGUAAGAGCGGUGUGUGUGUAUGGAUGGAGAAAAUGUACCUCAUACACAAUGGAGACAUUCAAACUGUGAGUAUAGCAAUAAUGAUGUCAGCACUAACCUCACUUUACACAUGUGGGAAAAAGUUGUUUACAGGAGCAGAAAAGUUCUGUUUUCAAGAAAUGUGAUAUAACCAAUGUAACCAUUGACAAUCUAUGUGUACCCUUAUACAUUUCAUCUCUCUUCUACGAUAUUUUUGUGACAAUCGUGUUUAAAUUUAUUUUUAGAUUUUAAGUAAGCUGCACAUUAAAAAAAAUUGAGCUGUAUGAGAAAAGAAACAGGUAAACACUUUGAGGCAUGUGUGUGUGUGUGUGUGUGUGUGUGUGUGUGUGUGUGUGUGUGUGUGUGUGUGUUGAGAAAUACAAUGUUUUCAUUUUGUAUGUGUCAAACUGUCUUGCCAAAACACAGCUCUAGGAUAUUUUGGAACUUUGUUUCUAAAUCACUAUAAGUGAAAAAAUUUAAAAAUUUUGCUGGGCAUUCUGGAAGCAAACUAUACUGUGUUGAUAAUAAAUGAGAAGCCCUAGUGGGAAUGGGAAAUGCAAUGGACCAAAAGCAUAGCUAAGUACUUCUGUGACCAGAAAGUUUAAUUUUGCCAGCAUAGAAAAAAGAGGUCCAUUUAGACUUUUCUUCUACCUCAAAAUGGCUUUACAAGACAUUUUUUGAAGAAGCAAAUAUAUAGAGCUUUACUUCAAGUUAGACAUCUUCAGUGGAUACUUGGAUCAAGAAGUCUUUUACACAGAAUUAUAGUUGUUUUUAUUAGGGUAGUGUGCAUACCUUCUUAGGUGUUUUUUUGUUGUCGUUGGUCUCGGGGC